AUUGUAUUCAAUUCAAACAAAUUUAUUGAAAAUAAUAAUAAUCGUAAAAAUAAUAAAAUUCUCACAAAUCGUAUGUAACAGUGUGUUUGGGAUAGAGAAUCAAUUUUACUGUAACUAUAAUUCUCGCAGAAAAACUAUGUGACCACACGGUGUCUAAACAACAUGUCUUAACACACCUACUAAUGCAACAACAACUGUGUCUUAUCCACGAAACUCACGCCAAGGAUCUACUACUUGUCGACAAUGAGCACACCAUCGACUCGACCAUUGAGUCACUGAUUGACUGAUCGCUAGUCAUCGGGAAGUGAUGUCUUGGUGUGUGGCCGCAGACACCACUCGCAAGCCGUGUCUUUGGACACUAAGACCACUCCUAUUAUGCAUACUAUCAUCGCUGGUGUGGCGCCCAUUGGCUGAACACAUGGCGGACUCGGUGUCGCCCGAAGACAACCUCGUAAUCAACGUGAAGAACGGCGGCGAAGAGGUGUACCAGCAGGUGAUCACCGCCAACACCACCGACGAUGUCAUAACAGUGGACUUCCUAGAGUCGGACGGCUCUCUCAUCACACAAUUCAUUGAUUUCAAAGCGGAGGUGCAGAUCUUCCGGAUAUACCGUUUAGGGGAACUGGAUCUCAACGAAAGCCAAUACAAAGUAUACUGUUUUGUCACACAUUUGCUCCGAAAUGAAUUCAUAUCCAGCGAUGCCAUGUCUAAACUGAGACAGCGAAAUCCCGGAGCCAUUCGUCAGCCCGAAGAAGAUAAAGGAAAGGAAUUCUUCGAAAUGGAUCUCAAUAUAGUUCUCGACAAGUCUUCCAUAAUAUCACAACAUUUGCCAAAAGUGUGUUCAGACGCCACGAACCAAACCUUCACUCGAGAAAUCGAUUUGCGAUUUUGGGCCAACACUGGAGCCGUGAAUCGCGACAUAAUAGCCCUCACGUCGUCUGUGCACAAGAAUCCCACCGCAAAGCCCGUCCAGAGUUGUAUAGUCAGCGACACGGAAUGGGAGCCCUGUCUCUGUCACAUCCAGAUGUGCAUCGCGUGGUACCCGUGCGCUCUCAAGUACUGCAAGACCAAAGACCCCAACUCAUCCAAACUGCAGACCUACCGGUGCGGCAUUAAAACGUGUCGAAAGUGUCGAGACUUUCAAUUCUACUCGCAAUUCAGGCAAAACUGUUUAUGGGAUUAG